AUGCCGACUACGAUGCCGGCGAAACGUCUGGGAAUGCACCAUGUCCAGGCUACGACUUUGCAGAUGAUCAUGCAUACAAUGGACUCCGGACUAGUGAUUUGUGCUAUUUCGACUAAUAUUAUGCCCAAGAAACUCACCACAAACACUAAGUCUCUUGAAGCUAGGGAACGCAGAGCUGCAAAAAAGUUGGAGGAGAGGGAGAAGAAAGAAAUAGAACUUGCGAAUGAGUAUUGGAAAGACGAUGAUAAGAUUGCAAAUCGCAAAAAACAGCGGCAAGAAGAAAAGGAAACUAAAAAGAAUGAACUUGUAGCCAGGAAAAAAGAGCGCGAGGAACUAUAUGAGAAAGAAUUGGCUUUGCUUAAAUCUGCUAAAGAAAAUAAGCCUAAAGCCGAACUAACAAAAUUGACUCAGUACCAAAUCGAUGUGUCCCAGCAGCGUUUGCUGUCAGUAGAGAAACAGCCAGAUAGUAAAGACGCAGUGGAUCUAUCAGAUACCUUUAUUGAAGAAAACUUAAACCGUGUGAUCCCUGAUGGCCUUGAAGCUAGAACUGUAGAGGAUGCUAUCUCUAUUCUAGAUCUUGCAAGACAAAGUGAUCCUGGUGACAAUCAUCCUGAAAAGAGGAUGAAAGCCGCAUUUUCCGCGUACCUAAAUAAACGUCUUCCUGAAAUGAAGGCAGAGUUUCCUUCCAUGCGGCAUUCCCAACUGAAGGAACGAAUCUUUAAGGAAUUCCAAACAUCUGCAGAAAAUCCUAAAAAUAAGUCUAACUAA